UGUUGCAUUUUCGGUAUAAAAUAGCAAACUUGCCAUUACUGACAAAACAAAUUUACAAAUUUGUCAAAAACAUAUGUUUGUACAAUUGCUGACACAUCGUCCUCUGUAUUUAAAAGCUGCCGUCAUAUUUGUGUGCGAAAAUUCUUUCGGAAAAAGAGGAGAACACAAGCGAAGUAAUUGCAAAAAACGGUAGAUAAAAUUUUUGCUUAAUAAAGGCGACGUGGAUUUUCACAACGACUCGAUUGGCAGUAAGGAAUUGCAUUUUCGCCGAUAGGGUGUGCAAACCAUCACUGGAUCCAGAAGAAAACACAGAAUAGUGAAAAAUCAUGAAAUUGACCAUCAAAACACUCGACCAGAAGACAUUUUAUGUAGAUUUCGAUGAAUCGAAGACCGUGUGGGACUUAAAGGCACAUUUGCACAAAUUGCCCGAAGUUGGAGUACAACCGGAACUGCAGCAAUUGAUUUAUGCAGGCCGUGUGUUGGACAAUGACAAUGUGUUGAAAACGUAUAGUAUUGAUGAACGCAAAUUCCUGGUGGUGAUGGCCAAAAAGGUGCAAGCACCAGCACAGGCAGCAAAGGAACCCGAAAAAGAUGCUGCCAAAACAGCCAGCUCGAAACCUAGUGAACAGAGUGCCAGCACAGCAUCAGCGGCGUCGGCACCGGCACCAGCUGCAUCACAACCAAAGACUGAAGAAAAGCCUAAAGAAAAGGAAACAACCCCAACAGCAGCAGCAGUAACUGCCACAGCCAGCUCUGCCACUACUACAAGCGGUGGCAACAGUGGCAGCGGCAGCACUACCACAACAACAACGACCGGUGCAGCUAGCGAAAGUACACCGGCUCGCCAGGAGCAAAGUGCCAGCAAUUUAUUGGAUAUUAUGGAUGUCUCUCCAACAGCGGCCGCCAAUGAAUCGAUGGUUCGCGAAAUUAUGAGCAUGGGUUAUCCUGAGUCGGAUGUGCGACGUGCCCUAUUUGCCAGUUUCAAUAACCCAGAUCGGGCUAUAGAGUACUUGAUCGAAGGCAUACCCGACAUACGUGAAAUCAUGGGAGCCCCGCCAGCAUCUAUUCCAACUGUCAAUCCUCCAACUGGAGCUCCCGCUGGUGGCCCCAAUCCCCUCAACUUCCUGCGUGAAGAUCCGCGUUUCAGUCAAAUGCGCCGUGUUAUACGCCAACGUCCAGAGCUGUUAAGUAAUGUCUUGGCCCGCAUUGGUGAGACUAAUCCAGCGUUGUUGUCAGUUAUCCGAGAAAACCAAGAUGAAUUUGUGGCCAUGAUCAAUGAAGAAGUCAGUGGAGGAGGUGGUGGUGAAUCCACCGAUUCCGGUGCAGAACCCAGAGAGGAUGUGGUCGAGAUAACCCUCACAGAGGAUGAGAAACAAGCUGUGGACCGCUUGGUGGCCUUAGGAUUUCCACGUGAAAUAGUUUUGCAGGCUUACAUUGCAUGUGAGAAAAAUGAGGAACAGACAGCCGACUUUUUGUGCCGACACAUGGAGGAUUAAACAACCAACCCAAGAGAACGGAAAACGAAGGAUGACAGCACAUUACAAUGAAUGGCCGAUUACAGAAAGUCUAGAGAGCAGUUUAGAAACGAUGAUGAUAAUUGCAUUAAUUUAUAAUAAUCCAUAUUCUUACAUUUGUUGUAAUUUAGAAUAUAGAACAAAAAAAAUGUUUGAACACUAUAUACUAAAUGAUAAAAAUUCAUAAUUCUCGAGAUUAAAAUCAA